AUAUAACAUUUGCUACAACCUCCCUAGUUUGUCCUGAUAAAACUUUACACGUUGUAAUUUGGAUUUAAAAUCCAUUAUAAACAGUAAAUCUCUUAGCACACCAAGGAAUAAAUGGUGACAAUUAAUAGCGUAAAAUUGUAUGUAUUCAACCCACGAAUACGUAACAACACAUACAAUUCACAGUUAAUAAGUAAUAAAGUUGCUUCACUGCCUGUCAAUUUUUCUUCUGACUAUACGCUAACUAGUCUGAACACGACAAGAGGCAACUGCUUCGUCCAGCGAAUUGAGCCGCUGUCUACUGAGCACCGAGAAGGCGUGACAUUAUUCAAAAAUUCGCAUCUCUUCCUACACUUGACGAGCUGUACAUAUUGUAUGAAACCGGUUGCCAUAUCCUAGAUAUCGUGUCUAGAGGAAGUUCAUAUAUUUGUAUUUAUACACAUUUCGUUUUCAAAACACUGAAGUGAAGUCCAGAUAUAUUAAAUUUGACUGUUCUAUUCGACUGUUCCAAGGAAUUGGAUAUAAUAGUCUUUCCCGAGGCAAUCUUGGACGACGGUGGACCAACACCGGUACCAGCUCCCUCCACCGAUUAUUUGCUCUGUAAUUCCACUUCGUCAAAGUACAAAGACUACUUGAAGGAACUGUCAUGUGCUGCACUCAACAAGAAGGUCACUGUGGUUGUCAACGUUCUUGAGCUGGUCAAUUGCAAAAACCCUCCUCCUGACGAGCAUUGCACAAGGCACAACGAAAAACUGCAGUCUGUGGUUCACAAUACAGAUGUCGUUUUUGAUCAAAAUGGACAGGUGGUAGCAAGAUAUCGGAAAUGGAACCUUGCUGGGGAAGACACUUUAAGUAUAUUACGGUCUCCAGAAGUAGUUACCUUCGAAACUAAAAAUGGUGAUACAUUCGGUAUAUUUACCUGCUUUGACAUACUAUUUGGAACACCUGCGUUGAAUCUGAGCAAGAAUUUGCACGUGAAGAGCAUCGUUUAUCCAACUUAUUGGUUCUCUGAUCUCCCUUAUCUGACAGCUCUAUCAACUCAACAGAUGUGGGCACAAGAAAACAAUGUGACAUUACUGAGCGCAGGAGGCAAUAGCUAUAAUACCGGAACUGGUGGCUCUGGCAUCUUCUUGGGCGAAAAAGGUGCCCUUGUCCAAAUGAUAAUCCCAAGCUCUGGCAAUGCUAAGAUGCUGUUACAAAAAGUACCUCGAUCACCUAGCUCAGAUGGAGUGAUUGUGAAUAAUAUUGAUCCGGACGAAGUCAUUGAUUCUUUAGCUGCAGAAAUGGAUGAUUUCAAAUUGAAUAUUGAUCCUACAGUAUAUGAACAUACGUCAGUUCCUCUAAAUCUGAACAAAACGACCGUAAUAGAAGAAAUAUGCCAUGGUGAAUCGGCCUGUUGUAAGUUCACAAUAAACUUCACCGUGAACAGUGAACUGAUGAAUCUUGGAAAGAACACCUACACGUAUCACAUAGCCGUGUUCAAUGGUGUUAGAAAAUUUCCUGGAGUGAGAGAUGUAGGCGUUGAAAGUUGUGGAAUAAUAGCCUGCCUUAACUACAGUUCCACUUCUUGCGGGCAAAGGUUCCCAAAAUAUUCAAAUGUGACUUGGCCGAUAACCUUCAACUCUAUAAAGGUCGUUGGCAGUUUUACUAACGUCGUACAUAAGAUUCAAUAUCCAAGUUCGGUACUGUCCUCAUUGCGAGCUAUUUCCCCAUUGAAGACUUCUUGGAAGAAAGAAGUGAAAGUAAAUAUGGUGGAAAGAACACAUGCGCUGGUGAAACCUCAAAGCAGGAUUUUAACGUUUGGGAUAUUUGGGAGGGAUUUUAGUAAAGACGAUGCCCCUCACAGUUACUCCUCUGCUGAUCUGGCUAGAUUUGCUGGAAUAUUGCUGGCUAUUGCAAUGGCUUCGUUUGUAAAAACAUUUUAAAAUGUUACUUCGUCAUUUUGGUAAUAUGUUUACGUAAAUGAUUUAAAAAAUUAUCCUGUUUCGUAGGAAUGAAUAUAAAAUAUAAAAGUGCCAUGGUCUGUUAUUGCCCUCUUGCUCCACUUUCUCCGAUCAAAACAGACUGACGACAAGUUGACUGACUGCAUACUUCCACGCACUUCAUUUUACCAAUUGGAUUGUGUUCGACCAAAGCAAGAGUCAACGUUCUUGGAACAGAUUUCCAUGUUUUAC